UGUAUAUGCACUUGAAAAAAAAAAAAUUUGAGGACAUGGCGCUUUCAUCGAGUUUCGACUAUGAGGUGUUCUUGAGCUUUAGAGGACCGGAUACUCGAGCAGGUUUUGCAGACUUCCUUUAUGUCAGCCUGAUCGACGCGGGAAUCCGUGUGUACAGAGAUGACGAAGAGCUGCGCAUUGGGGAAGAGAUUGGCCCGGAGCUUCUCGAAGCAAUCGAGCAGUCAAGAAUCUCCAUACCCAUCUUCUCAAAAGGAUAUGCCUCCAGCAAAUGGUGUCUCAAGGAGUUGGUCCACAUGGUGGAGUGCAAGAAAAACAGGGGACAGAAGAUCAUGCCCAUUUUCUACGAUGUGGAACCUUAUGAGGUUCGGUUCCAAACGGGCGGGUAUGGACAGGCCUUCAUUGAGCAUGAAAGCAAGAGGCGAUACAGUGAUGGAACUAUUAGCGAUUGGAAGGCCGCUCUCAGUGAAGUUGGGACACUAAAGGGAUGGGACCUCCAAAGCAUGCCCAACAGGCGUGAAGGUGAUUUCGUGAAAACUGUCGUCAAGAAGGUUUUCAGUGAGUUGAAAAAGGGUUGUUUGGCAUUAUCCGAUUGCUUGGUUAACGUCGACAAUCAUGUGAGUGAAAUCAUGAGAACAAUCGGCCCUUGGACAGAUGAAACACGGAUCGUCGGUAUCCAUGGAAUGGGUGGUGUUGGAAAGACCACUCUUGCCAAAAUCAUCUACAAUCAACUUUCACCUGAUUUUGAGCAUCAUUGUUUCCUUUCUAACAUUCGAGAAACUUCAAAUGUAAAGGGUGUUGAGUACUUGCAGAAUCAGCUGAUCUCCGACAUACUAAAAAGAAAUGGAUAG